CUGGGUGACGGACGGCCGCGUCGGGAAGCGAGCGGAGCCCCGCGAGCUGUGGUUUACGUGGCCUGCCGGAGGCGGCGGCGGGGGACGCGCCGGCCUCCAGCGGUGCCUCUGGCUCGCGGGCCCCCCGUGGGGAGGAGCCGCGGCCACUCGCCGGUCGCCGGAGGCGGCAGCUGCUGCAGCUCGGUCGCGUCCACCGCGCUCCCGGGACUCGCCGGCCCUGGAGAGAAUUAAACGAAGUAGGUUCUUGUCUUUCCUUUCUGUCUGCUUGUAUCGGAGUCUCGUGGUGUGUGGGGGACGUGAACAUUCCAACCGGGCUGAACUUUAAAACUUUAGAGGGUGCACAGAAGAUUUCCGGCCUGAUUAUCACCAGUAAAUGUUGCUGAAAUACGGCUGAGAGAGCCAGAGAUGCAAGGAUUUGGACACAAUUUGAACCUUUAAGCUGUCUGACAUUGACCUCUUUUCAUUAUUAAUAAAGAAGAAGCAGGAGCUUAGGAUGUAUUAAUACCAUUUCAUUAAUAUACUAACCAGACAAUGUUCUGCGACAACUCUACAUUGUAAAGAACUGGACUGGCACAAAAUAAAACAAUUUCAUAUUUUACCCAGCUUGUAAUAUGACCCAAUGGAGGAAAAUUUGAUAAGUAUGAGGGAAGAUCAUUCUUUUCUUGUUCGUUACAGAAUGGAAGCUUCUUGCCUAGAACUGGCAUUGGAAGGGGAACGACUGUGUAAAUCAGGAGACUGUCGUGCUGGUGUGUCAUUCUUUGAAGCUGCAGUUCAAGUUGGAACUGAAGACCUAAAAACACUUAGCGCUAUUUACAGCCAGCUGGGCAAUGCUUAUUUCUAUUUGCAUGAUUAUGCCAAAGCAUUAGAAUACCAUCAUCAUGAUUUAACCCUUGCAAGGACUAUUGGAGACCAGUUGGGGGAAGCCAAAGCUAGUGGUAAUCUGGGAAAUACCUUAAAAGUUCUUGGGAAUUUUGAUGAAGCUGUAGUUUGUUGUCAGCGACACCUAGAUAUUUCAAAAGAGCUUAAUGACAAGGUGGGAGAAGCAAGAGCACUUUACAAUCUUGGAAAUGUGUAUCAUGCCAAAGGGAAAAGUUUUGGCUACCCUGGUCCUCAAGAUGGAGGAGAAUUUCCGGAAGAGGUGAAGAACGCUCUGCAGGCAGCCGUGGAUUAUUAUGAGGAAAACUUAUCACUAGUGACUGCUUUGGGCGACCGAGCUGCCCAAGGACGUGCCUUUGGAAAUCUUGGAAACACGCAUUACCUCCUUGGCAACUUUAGGGAUGCGGUUAUAGCUCAUGAGCAGCGUCUCCUUAUUGCAAAAGAAUUUGGAGAUAAAGCAGCUGAAAGAAGAGCAUAUAGCAACCUUGGAAAUGCGUAUAUAUUUCUUGGUGAAUUUGAAACUGCCUCUGAAUACUACAAGAAGACACUACUCUUGGCUAGACAGCUUAAAGACAGAGCUGUAGAAGCACAGUCUUGUUACAGUCUUGGAAACACAUAUACUUUACUUCAAGACUAUGAAAAAGCCAUUGAUUAUCAUCUGAAGCACUUAGCGAUUGCUCAAGAGCUAAAUGAUAGAAUUGGUGAAGGAAGAGCAUGUUGGAGCUUAGGAAAUGCAUACACAGCUCUAGGAAAUCAUGAUCAAGCAAUGAAUUUUGCUGAAAAGCACUUGGAAAUUUCAAGAGAGGUUGGCGAUAGAAGUGGUGAACUAACAGCACGACUGAAUCUCUCAGAUCUUCAAAUGGUUCUUGGUCUGAGCUAUAGCACAAAUAAUUCAAUAAUGUCUGAAAAUAUUGAAAUUGGUAACAGUUUGCAUGGUGCACGACGUAAGUUUGAACGCCGACACAGUAUGGAAAACAUGGAACUUAUGAAGUUAACACCAGAAAAGGUACAGAACUGGAACAGUGAGAUUCUUGCUAAACAAAAACCUCUUAUUGCCAAACCUUCUGCAAAGCUACUGUUUGUCAACAGACUGAAGGGGAAAAAAUACAAAACUAAUUCUUCCACCAAAGUUCUCCAAGAUGCCAGUAAUUCCAUUGAUCACCGAAUUCCGAAUUCUGAGAGGAAAAUCAGUGCAGAUACUAUUGCUGAUGAAGGGUUCUUUGACCUAUUAAGUCGAUUUCAAAGCAAUCGGAUGGAUGAUCAGAGGUGCUGCUUACAAGAAAAGAACUGUGGGACAGCUUCAACUGCAACCUCUUCCACUCCCCCUAGAACGAUGCUCAAAACGCCGUCUGUUCCUACAGUGUCCCCCAACACAGAUGAGUUUUUAGAUCUUCUCGCCAGCUCACAGAGCCGCCGGCUGGAUGACCAGAGGGCCAGUUUCAGUAAUUUGCCAGGGCUUCGUCUGACACAAAACAACAGUCAGUCAGUAAUUAGCCACCUGAUGACUCAUGACAACAAAGAGCCCGAUGAAGACUUCUUUGACAUCCUUAUAAAAUGUCAAGGAUCCAGAUUAGAUGAUCAAAGAUGUGCACCACCACCUGCUGCCACGGAAGGCGCAACUGUACCAGAUGAAGACUUUUUUAGCCUUAUUUUACGGUCUCAGGCAAAAAGAAUGGAUGAACAGAGAGUUCUUUUACAAAGAGAUCAAAACAGAGACACUGAAUUUGGGCUACAGGAACUUCUGCAAAGUAAUGCUUUGUUGGAAUUUCAAAAUUCAGGAAAAAAGUAAACCACUAGUUACAAUGGAUAUUUUUUUUAAAACAACCUUAGCUUCCUUUCAGAACACUGCAGGGAAAUUCAAUCUAUUACUUUUUUCCUUAAAAGGAGAAAUUCUGGGCAUAGAAGCUACAGGGCAUAAAUAUGCAAAGAAAUAAAAAGCUAACCAUUUCAAACAAUAA